AUGAUGAUGUGGACGAUGAUGAUGAAGAUGAUGAUGAUGAUGAUGAUGACGAUGAUGAUGAUGCUCAACCCAACAAGAAUGAAAAUGCUCCUGAAUGCAAACAAUCUUAAAUAGUUUAUAUAGUACUUUUAUCUCCCAUUAUCAUUUUUCAUAUAUACUUCUUACUUUUACUGCUUUUUAUUUCAUACAUCCAUUUUUUAUUUUUUCAUCCUCCCUUCUUUUUUUUUUACAUUUCUUUACGUUGUACUUUUUCUUUUAUCUUAUCAUUUUUCAUUCCUCCUGCAAUGGCUAAUGCUAUCUUUCCCCCUUUAUACUUUUUUUCAAUAAAAAAAUAAAUCAAGAUCAUAUAUUGACAUUCUAACUUACCGGAAGGUAUCA